AUGUUCAAGUUCCUCGACACAUUUGUCGUGGGGAGAAGUAUGGCUCCCUGCAGGGAUACCAAACGCAAAGAUGAACAUGAGGCGGAGUACAGAGUGUUUCUAAACCAUUCUGCGGCCUCAGAGGUGAAGGAUGAGUUGGAGCGGCUGGUUAGUAGCGGGUCCAAGUCAUCCUUCCCAUACCCCCUGUCAUCGGAUACUGGCCUUGAACUGUCGGUACUGAGAUUGAUUCAAUCAAAUGGCGCAUGCAGGCAGCUUCCGGCGAAGAUGUUGUCGCUAAUGUUGAAGCGUUUGGAGUAUGCAUGCACCAAACUUGGUGACACGGCGAAGAUUAAUUUUUUACGAGACUCUAUACCGGUUCUCGAGGCGGCUUUAUUAGUGAACCCACUCAAAGUUGGGCUCCUUAUGCUCGAGCUAGGGUUUGAUAGGCAUAUGCUUCACAUCCUUCAGUUUCUUCGUCAAGCAUUAAGUGACGAGAAGAUGGGAGGAAGUUCGGUUUCGCAUCAAGUGAGUGAUAGCGCUGCAGGAAACGUGUCCACACCCCUGGAUCCAUCAGAUGACAUCCCCCUAGAAUACUCUGAAGGCGGGGGUGAUGAAGACGUUGUUACUGCUACGAGAACAUGCUUUGACAGCUGCGAACCUCCGAGGGCAACUGAAAUACGGUACCGUGAAUUGUUGACCAUCUUGCGCGACACUUUGCGGGUUUUAAAAGUUGUGUACGUUCGUUGCGGACCCUCGAAGCGGCCGUCACCCGGUGAAGCGGGCGUUUAUUCUGACAUGGGCAAUGCCACCGGAAUAUCGAAUAGUCAGUUAGCGAAGGGGUGGGUGCGUCUGCGGCCGGAUAGUUUGUACGCGGAGAUGCAUAAACGUUCUUGCCCAGCCGAAGAAAGAAAGGGAAGCACCAGUGGGAGUACACUGAGAACCCACACCAAACGUGAUGGUAUCUUGUUGGAGUGUAGUCGACUUUGUUUACACUGUUCGGAAGUAGCUAUUGGGUCGGUCGAAAGGGGAGGGGAAGAAGAGAGGACGAUAUCUGAAGCUCUCUGUAACUUGCCGCUCGUUGUACUUAGCCUUCUACGUAACCCCAGUGAGCUUGUAGUGCGGAACUCGCUCAUCAGUAUCGGCGCUGAGUUAACCCAUUUUGUGGCUGUGGAGCGCACCGGAGAUUCAGAGCUGCAAACCUUGCGUCAAGCUUCGUGUAGCAUGUUGCUUCUUUCCAGAUUGCUGCGAGAGUCCCCGUUGCUUGUUGUUAAGGCUAUGAAUUCUGUGAAUUUUUCUGCAAACGUGGUGCGGUUGUUGCAAGUAAUAAGUGUUAGAUAUCAUUGUGUGCACUGUGAUGGGUGCCGCAUUGCGGGUCAGGAGUGUGCACGCGAGCUACGCACCUUGGCUGAUGCGGGUAACGACGGUUUGCAUUUGGAUUCCGGUUGUGUGGUUAGCCUCAAACGACCCGCUUUUACUCGACUCGCAGACAACGCGGUUGUAGACGAGUUUUUACAUUGCUAUCUCGGUUUACUGGAGACACAGCGGGAGGUGAGAAGGACGGCGGAGGUGCAUCGUGACCUCGAGGCAGCGCGCCACUUUAUGCAAAUGGAAUUCUCUCUCCUCGAGGCCCUUCUUCAUUCCGGAGACGCACUUGCGCCCACCUCUUGUUUGUAUGAUGCGUUGAUGAAAUACGCCAUAAACUCUCUGGCACCGAUGGAAACCCCGGUGCAAGAGCGGCGGCAGGUGAAUACCGCAGGAUCGUUAGUAGACGCGGAUUUUUACCGCGUCGUUUUUCUUAAUCCAGUCUUUGGGGUUUUCCAGAAAGAUCCGCGGUUGCAGCACGCAGUAUUGUAUUUACUACACCACAGGCUGAACUCUCUUCCUCCCAAGGCAGAGAGCAGUGAUGGGGGUGCAGCCAUCGAGAAUGAAGUUGGCCUCAUUCUCGACUUACUUUGCAGCAUAAAAGUUGGGGAACAGCCCACUGAGUCAGUGGAAGGUGAGGCUGCGGGCGCCGGCGAUGAUAACGAAAAGCAAAACAGGGGAGGGGUAGUGGCGCGGCAGGAGGAAUUGGCGGAUGUGUUACUAAAGUUAUGUGUGAUAUUCCAUUCCUCUUUGUGUGGGACAAAUAGUGAUGCUGUCGCAACUGCCGUCAUCAGAUGUGGUGGUAUUUCGAAACUUGUGGGUUUGUUGAGGGAAUGUUACACGUCCGGUAGGCUAUCAGGCGAUGGAAUUAGUAUGCUAGUGCUGCAUUUGUUAUUGCGGCUUUUGCAAAGAUUGGAUGUUCAGUGCAGUGUGUUAAUGGGCGAGGUGGAUAUUUUUUUUUCACUUCUCUCUGUGAAGGAAAUACGCCCGAAUGCGAAGCGGAUGCUUCUUUUACUUUACACACACAGUUGUCCCGAUGCAGAAUAUACACAGCGGAUGGAUCAGUUAGUUAAGUGUACUUGGGAUGCUCUUGAUAAAUGUGCCCGUUUGGAGUCAGGGUGUGAGGCAGAUAAUGAAGACGAAGAGAUGUUUUUGUCAGUGCUGAAUUGCAUGUCGGCCUCUCUUAGUGCGCUUCGAUCUGACAUUUUUCAGUGGGGGUCAAUGAGGCAGUUGCAGAACGCCCUCUGUGGUGGUAAGGAAAACGCAAUGGAUGCUUUUCUCCGUCUGUUCCACCGGACAGCCGCACCGUGGCGUGUUGUUGAUUCGUCUUACGGUCUCUCGUGUAUCAUGAACACCGUUGUCAUGCUUGUUAAGGAGAAUCCACCACUGCGUGCCGUUCUCAUUCACACCAUUGGCGCUGAUCAACUGGUGGAGUCAUUCAAGACCGCAUGGUUUACAUCGCAUAACGGAUCGUGGCUGCAGUUUAUCCGGUGUAUGCUUUUGCUCGUGUAUGAGGAUGAUGAGGCUCAUGUUAGUGCAGCGGUUGGAAGUGUAGGGCCAUCCUGUGGGUUUGAUAAUGGUUUGGAUGGUCGCCGUUCAGUUGUGGGCGGGGAGGAGGGCACGUUAACGGUGCGUAAUCCUGAGUUACUUUUGCCUCUAUUGAGACUCUUCCUGGAUCUACCUGAAUUUAAGGAGGAUCACCGUGACGCACUGCAGUGUCUUGUGACGCGCCUUUCGUCCGAUGUCAUGGUGUCGCAGAGUUCCCUGUGGAUGGUGGCGAAUGCCGGUGUGUUUGAUUCGCUUACUGCCCUUAUCCCAGUGGUGGCAGGGACUGCACUUAUUGAUUCAGUGUUGUCCCUCGUCAUGGCCAUUGCUGGUCAUCACGUCACCGUUCGGGAGACAAAGCAGUUUCUUAUGAGCAUUGCACACGCAAAGAGCGAGGAAGAACGACGAUUUCUAGUUCCCAUUGUGAUUGAGGUGCUGAGCGCCGCCUCUCGUCACAUACUAAAUUGCCAGGCGACGCAGCAGAAUUACAUAGCGUUUCGUCAGCACAACGGACCAACUGGCCUCAAGGCCAUUCUUUCAGAUUUUCCCCUCGAUGCAUACACUUUGUGCCUGUGGAUAAGGUUGGAGACUCAUGGCGGUCGACGGACUCGGCAAUGUAUUUAUUCUCUUCAGAGUAUUGAGAAACGUACCAUAUUAGAACUGGUUGUAAAAAGUAAUGGACAGUUGGCCGUAUCUUAUGAUGUUGAACACAACAAAGCUACUGAGGUAGACCUUGGUUGCCAGCUGGCGGCGCUGGUUUGGACGCACUUAACGGUUGUGCAUAGUCAAUCGAAGUUCCCAUUCAGUGCAAGUGAGUUUGUUGUGUUUGUGAACGGUGUGGAGGUUUGCGCCCAGCCAUCCGUAAGGUACCCCCAAUUGCAAGGCUUGUUUUUCCACGUUGGCACGCGCGGCGAGGAUAUUGAGCAGCGUACAUCUAGCAACAAUUUUGUUGGUCAAGUGGCUGCUGUGCAUUUCUUCACAUGUGCCCUCUCCCCAAAGUCAGUGUUGGAGCUGUUCUUAGAGAAGUCGGGUGGUGAAAGCGUAAGGCGUGGUUUUUUCUCUGGUAUUGCUGUCUAUGUCGACCCUCGCUUCGGAGAGCGUGGACAAUUACACAAUCUGGCCGCCUUACUGCGUGGAAAACCUACAGAACGGCCCCUGAUCACGUACGAGGGAACCGUUGCUUGUAAUACAAAAAGUAUCAUGGACUCGGUAUGUGUUCUUGGGGCACUUCAAACCGUUGUGAUUCCGCUACUCGUUCUUCUUGUAAACCCUCAACUACCCUUUUACUGCCGUGUGCCUCCUGGUCGCAGGAGGCCUGCUUCGGAAGCGACGCGCAAGGCGAUGAAUGAGCUACUGAAGUUUGUUGAGGCUCUUCUACUUAGUAACAUUGUGCGUGCUGAUGUGUUGGAAGUUGGUUUGUUUCCGAUGAUUUCGCAUGCUGUACAACAGUUUACUGUAUACGACUGUCCUGAGCUUCCACGGCGUUUGUAUGAUAUUUGUGUCGCACUUGUCAGCGACGAGGCACUAUUCGACGCGGCGUAUCAUUCCCUGUUUUUAUCGGGUGAUCUCCUCCAUGUUUGCUCGGAGCCGACACAACUGUUGUUACUUCAAGUGCAGUAUUUGCUUUGCCAUAAUAACGCCCCGGCGCGACGUCACCUGCGCGGUUUGGACCUGCCUCACUUUGUUGUUGGUCAAAUAAUGCAGACGUACAAUGGAACCUCGGAGCAUCAUCGGGAGAUGCGAGAGGGGUUCUUCCUCCUGAUGGAGGCUGUUAUGGAGGGUGGUCUCACGAUGAAUGAUGCAGAUGCCAUUCAACGUCUCGUGAGCGUGAUGCUUCGUAAGCAGGAUUUACACCGGGACGUGCUUAUAGAAAUACUUGUGCGCACACGUGUUCUUGUUGCAAACAGGGAGCCUAACCUAGCCUCCUUCUUGGGAAAGAGGAACUUUGUCAAAGAUCUUUUGCCUGCUUUGAACAACUCGCCGCGGGAGGUGCGGAAUGAGGUGGUGCUGUUCUUCAUUUUGCUAGCAAGCCGCUCACGGAAGACACAGGAACUGUUAAAUCCGACGCUACUUGCAUCACGCGAGGCUGUUCACGUCACCCGUGAUAUCUCUCUUUCCUGGUUACGCGAUAAAUUGAACGAUUGCGCUGUGGACGUUUCCUUAUACACAACUCUACUUGCCGCCCUCAUUGGCCGCUUCGAUGUCUCCCUUCAGCAGGAUGUGACGAUAACAGCCGAUGAUAAAAUUUGUUUUGCUCCUGUUCUGACGCCACUCUUGCUGCUGAUGAAGAGAACUCCCAACAAGGUGAUGAAGGAGAAGGUCAUGACAGAUAUUGCCACUCUAGUACAGCAGGAUUCAGUAGCGUGGAGGAGCAUUCUUUCUGUGCAAGGGUGGUACGCGAGCAUCGCAGAGUUGUACCUCUCUGAUGCCGAGUCACUUGAAGCACGGAGGGGUGAACAGUCACUUUUUAUGGCAACAACUGCUUUUAUAUUUUCUCGCACUAUAUUUCAGGCGCUUAUUCAGGAGUCUUACGGUGCGUCCGAGCUGGAAUUACUCAUAACUUAUCUCUUCCGCCGACGUGCCAACGUCUUCUUGAAUGCCGUACUACUCGGUGUUGUGAAGGAGUACACUUCUUAUUUGACAAAUCGCCGGGAUGAUAAUACCGGCGGCUGUCUAAGUCUAGGCAGCCAACUGGCGUUAGCAAAUUUCACUGCAUUUCUCUCUGUCGUUGAAGACGUUCUCUUCUACUCCACGACCGCGUAUAUUAACUGUGAUGCAACACGACCAGCCGACGCGCAUCGCAAACGUGGUUACUCAGAGGAGGAGGAGCUCGUUGUGUUUACCGAUGAAGGAAUGUUGAAGCUUGAGUUUUGCGAGGGUUACCCGGAGGGGAGUGAAUACCGACGUGAUGAGAUGCUACAAAACGGUGUUUCAUUUCUUUCUGGUGACUCGAUGUUGCUGCGCACCGCACCUGAUGGUGUUUGGUUGCAUGCUGCUCUGGCGGUGCGCACAAUGCAGCUGCUGACGACGAGCGGAGCCAUUCUAAACUCAACUGGAACGUGGAAUAACAGUUUUAGUAGUAGUAGCGGUAAUGGAGGUAGCGCCCCUGGGUCGGACGCCGUGCCGCAGGGACUGCGGCCGCGCAAAGGCGGUUUUAUUCGGCUCUUUGUUCGUCUUUUCCGUGUGGUGUGUGGUUUUACACUCCGUGAUGCGGCUCAGUUAGACGACAUAUUAUCUUUGGCUCUGCGUUGGGUUGAUGUCGUCGACAACGACUACAGUCCUUUUGCGUUGUUGAUGUGGCAGUGGUCGGAGGUGAAGGAGCAUUCUCCACUUUCCAGUUGUAUGACACUCAUUCUAAGUCUACACGAGCUUCUGAACCGGCGGCUGAGGUUUUCUUUGUUGGGUCCUUCCUUGCGAUUUCCGGAUGCGAACCAGGAGAUACUGCGUCGUAUGAAGGCCAUAUGUAUUCUUCACAAGCGUGACUUGAACCAGAUGCAGUUUUUCAGUCGAACUGUGCCUUCCAGCGUGGGCGAGCAAACCGUGAAACAGUGCACACUUGAAUGGCUCUGUGGCAGAUCGGGAGAGGACUCCAUGAAGGAGUUUGUUGAAGUCGCCUCUCGCGAAGACUACGAGGCGUUCAUUUCCCAGUGCACAUUGGCGAUGGAACGCGACCAACUCACAGACAAGAGUAUGGCACGCACCAUUGAACAAUACCACAGUGUGACGAUGGCGCGGUUGCAUGGAAUAUUGACUGACUUUAGUAUUUCACGAAGGACAAUGCUUGAGGUAUUGGAGCAGCACUUGCAGGAUGGCACGGAGGGAGAAGGUGACGAUGCAGCUGGAGGGGUGGAGUCGUCAGCAGAGCGAUUCGCAACACUAGCAGUUCGGGAGGUCGCUACGGUUUUUUUCAAUACAGUAUGGGCUCGAUUUCUCAGCCGCUGCAGAGGUACUAUUUGGGAUGUUGGGCCUGGGGAGCAGCGGAACAUGAAGUAUGUGCGUUUGCAGGAUGUCGAACAGAAAUUGCUGAUACGGAGGAAAUUUGAGUUUGAUCCUUGUGGAACUGAUCACGCCAACAUCACCGCAGCCGGGGCACCCGUAAGUGACACCAAGGUCUUUGGGAAACAGUUACCUCGUGCACGAGGCGGUGAACAGAUGUUGCUUACGUCUGAUAGCUCUGUGGACUGCGAUGAAAUCCUCGACAAACAAGUUAGCCACGAAGAUACGAACAGCAUCACGGGGACCAAUACGGCGCAGACUCCAAAGCCUAUCGUGCACUUCUCCUCUUCAUGUGAGGUGCCUUCUAUGAUGCACUGCUGGAGUGCCAUGCUAAUUAUUCGUGACUGUGAGCUUUGCGUAUUCUUUGACGACGAGAAUAAAGCAUACAACCAACGUGUUGCUGAUGAAGCAUCGUCGCUAGUUGUAAAGCCGCGGGACAUUAUCUAUCCCACUGGUCAUAUCGCUCAGCUUGCGCCAGGGAGGCGGUUUCGAAUGAGGCGUAGUGCAGUAGAAAUGUGGUUCCGCGAUGGUCGCAGUGUGCUGCUGAAUUUUGCUUCCGUGAAGGAAAUGCGGACAGCUGUAAACCGCAUAAGAAUGUCGGUGGAGCGACACAAGGUGCCCUACCACCCGUUCUACCUGUUUCAUGAGACCCCACGUAAGGAGCCACUCCUUAUGUGUCGCACGAAUCAGUGGCGCGAACACAAGAUAUCUAACUUUGAAUACCUUCUCUGGUUGAAUUUCUUUGGUGGCCGGACGGUGAAUGAUCUUACGCAGUACCCCGUAUUCCCCUGGGUGAUUGCCGACUACAAGAGUGACCGACUUGAUUUGGAGAAAUCCUCCACGUUUCGUGACUUGUCGUUGCCCAUAGGGAUUUGCAAUGGACCUCAGAGUCGCGAGUACGUGGAAACACGGUAUGAAGAAAUGCGACAAACUGGUGACGUGCCUGCCCAUUACUUCACACAUUACAGCUCUCCAGCAGUUGUCCUGUAUUACAUGAUCCGCGUCGAGCCGUUCACAACGCUGCAGGUUAUCCUGCAAGAUGGGCACUUUGAUUGUGCCGACCGAAUGUUUCACUCCUUGGCGUCAUGUUGGAAUGGGGUGCUGACGAACUCGCAGGAUGUCCGCGAGCUCAUUCCAGAGUUGUUCUACCUGCCCGAAAUGUGUGUAAAUACAAAUGGAAUCCGGUUUGGGUGCAGACAAGACGGCCGACCCACAGAUUCACUGGAGUUGCCACCGUGGGCCCAUGGUGAUCCCUACGAGUUUGUUUACCGCAUGAGGGAAGCCCUUGAGAGUGAUUACGUUUCACUGAACUUACACCAUUGGAUCGAUUUGAUAUUUGGAUACAAACAAAGGGGCAAGGAGGCCAUCGCAGCACUUAAUGUCUUUAAUUGGCAUUCUUACGAAGAUCUAGACAGGAGUCAAACAGAUGAUGUAGAUGAGCGGCUGCUGAUCGACUCGCUCGAUAACAUUGGCCAGACACCCAUUCAACUUUUCACCCGCCCUCAUGUUGAGCGGCGUGCCAUGGAAUAUGCUGACCCUAUCAGUUGCGUGCUUGGCAUGAGGGCAGUUGACAUUCGCCACUUGUGCACGCGCGUGGCGCGCGUGGUGGUGCUUGACAAUGAUCGGGUGCUCGUGGUGUGUGGGAACGGUGCCGCACUGCUCUACCGAAUUAGUGUUUCGCCAGUGAUGAGGCGUAUGCAGCAACUGCCGAGCCCCGCGGUAACUCCGACGUUGACGACGCCUAGGGUUGGUCCUGUCGCCGAUGGCAACGUUAAAAGCCAUUUUAGUAAUCAGACCCCUGCCCCUUCUGUGGCGGCUGCCGUUGCUCACACAUCCUCAUAUUUACUUGGAAUCGUUUCAGGAGCGCCGGCGGCACCCGUGCCACAGGGCUCGGUGGACGGCAGUGGCUUCCGACGGCCGAUCGUCGACGUGGCCGAAGAUUUUGAGCGGCGAAUUCCACCGCUUCCACCCGGCAUGAUACCGAACAUUGGUCAGAAGGCUGGUGGUCCCUGUGAGACGGGGAAUGUGGCUGUUUUGCUCCUUGACAAUGAAGUGUUUGUAGCGCUCGGGGGCGUUUUUGAUAACACAAUAGUCAUUCGUAACUUUUUAACGACCCCAGCUUUCCAGGAGGAGCGGCUACACGCCCACUGUGGCCGCGUGGUACUUGUUGCGGCGAGUGCGGACAGCAGAUACCUUGUGAGCGGUGCGGAGGACACGACUUUUAUUGUGUGGAGUUGCCACUUCCAGCGCAACCGCUUGAAGCUGCGCGUGGAUUUGAUGUUUACAGUAUACGGUCAUGAGGACGACCCCACUGCAGUAAGUGUGUGCCCCAUCCUCGACGUUGUCGCUACUGCAAGUCGGGAUGGCAUGCUUAUGCUUCAUAGCUUGGCGAAUAAUCGUUUGGAGCGCAGUCUGCGCCAUCCCGCAAAGCUCCCUAUCGACCGUGUGCUUAUCCAACCGAAUUGCUAUUUACCGAAUAUUCUUUUUACGUCCACAAUUGAUAACGUGAUUCAUCAGAUAAGCAUCAAUGGUGUUUUGCUCCGCUCUGUAUCCGCCCCCGGUCGUAUUACCGGGUGGUGCACUACACCUAAACAGACUGUUCUUGUUUCGACGGCUCCGCUAACAAACACCAGUGCAUCGGAGGAUUCCCGUGGUAUUCUUCACUUUAUGCACGCAUUUCACCUUAACGUUUUGAAGUCAGUACAGUGCCCAUUACCCGCUACCGGUGAUACCAUUUCUUCCUGUGCGUGCCACUCCAGCAAUCCCCAGGCAGUGGUGUGUGGUUCGACUCAUGGAUAUUUAUCACUUCUCUGCUUGGGGUCGAAAGUGGAUGCACCACCGUAA